UCAGGAAUGAGACAAGGUCCUGAAGGAAUCUGACCGGCAUCGCAGCACUGCCUGUACCGGUGAACUGCGAGGUCUCAUUGAGAAAUGGUCGUCGUUGAAGCUCCCGACGAGACGAGAGGGGCGCCCUAGGGAGUGCGAGUGAGCGAGUGUGUGUGUGGGUGUGUCCUCAGCUCGUAGAUGGACCACUGGAGCACUAGCUUAUGGUCGACGGUCAGCCCGCCCGCCCGCCCGUGGAUGCACUCAUUGCUCAGGCCCGAAUCAAUCAUUCCGAGCUGCGAACGCGUAUUCUUAGGGGUCGUCGGGUCUUGGUCUUCCUCAAAUAGGGCCCCGUGAGAGGUAUGUAAUCUCGGCCAGGGAUCAAGUCUGCAGCAGCCCCCGCUGCUCCAACAGACGAGGCAGAUAGAGAAAAAGCAGGUCUAGGGGAGGAGGUGGAGGUGGAUAGUGUCAUCAUCGUCUGGAGUGAUAUUAUCUCAGCAAAAGCUGUGGAGAUUGUGAGCUUGUGGAGCUCGGACGAGCAGGAGUGAAGCGGAUUAGGGCCCGAAAGGGGACGAUUCGUCGAAGAUAAUAACGGACUCUUAGCUCUGAGAGAGACGCAGAAAUUGAGAGACGAGUUCGAGUUUGCACUGCAUGAAGGUUGGGGCUUUGCAGGAGUCCGAUGGCUAGGACACGACCGACUCCCAUGGGUCCGUCCGUGGUGCUAGUGGUGUUGGUGGUUUCGAUUCUGGGCGGCUGUAGAGGAGAGCAGGCCGAGAUUGGUGAGGGGUUGAAGGUGGAUUUGGAGGCUCUCCAGGCGUUCAGGGAGUUGAUAACGAGGGAUCCGACCGAGGCAUUGCGGGAGUGGGGGACGCAGAGCGAUCCGUGUCGAUGGAGCGGAAUCGAUUGCGAUGUGGUCUUGAGCUCGGAAUCGAACAAGCGAGAGAUUAGAGUUGUGGGCUUAGAGUUGUGGGGUAUGGAGCUCGAAGGAUCUCUGGCUCGUGACAUUGGACGGCUCACGGAGCUACGACGGCUCGUGAUCGUGGGGAGCAAAAUGUCAGGCCGAAUUCCGCCGGAGGUCGGCAAUUGCCAGAAGCUCGACACCAUAGAUUUGCGGGCCAAUCGAUUUUCGGGUCCCAUCAGUUUCAGCCUCGCCCAAUUCCCUCUGCUGCAGGUUCUGAAGCUGUCGGAGAACGAGCUCACUGGGACCAUGGGCGCUCUAUUCGUCGAGAGCUUCGACCCCAUGGCUCACUUCGGAGACACGCACCAGGCCUCGGAGCUUUGCGCGCGCCUGGAAGUGCUGGACAUCGCUAAGAAUCGGCUCAGGGGCGAGCUGCCCAUCGAAAUCAGCAAGUGCGCGCAGCUGCAGGAGCUCAGCGUGAGCGAGAACUCCUUGGGCGGAGGAAUCCCCAGCACGCUCGGCUCGCUGCGCAACCUGAGAUCGCUGCAGCUCAACGGGAACCUGCUCGUCGGCCUCGUGCCCGAAUCGCUGGCCUCGUGCCAGAAGCUCGACCUGCUGGAUUUGUCGGAGAACAUGCUCACGGGCCCCAUCCCGCGGCAAUUCGCGCAAUUCGCAGGCGAGACCCGCUUCAAUUUCUCCAGCAACGACCUCGCGGGCGCAAUCCCGCAGGGCAAGUGGAAGGCGCAGCAGAUGGCGCUGGCCGGCGCAUUCGCCCACAACGCUAACCUCUGCGGAUGGCCCCUCGCCAAGCCCUGCGCCCCUCCCGUCCUCGCCGUGACGACGGGCAGCAGCAGCGGUGGCGCCGUGCGCAAUCGGAGAUCCAUGGCCGAGGGCGCGCCGGGCCCCGCCCCGUCGGGCUCGUCACCGGCGCCAGUGGCAAGCGCAGGCGCGCAGGAUGCGCCGGCGCCGGCGCCGGCGCAGAGCAGCGAGAGCAACCACAGGGCGCGCAAGUGGGCGCUGGGGCUGGCGCUGGGCAUAGUGGCGGGCGCCAUCGCUGCGGCGCUGCUGGCCACGGUGCUGCGCCUGUGCGUGUUCUACAUGCACAAGCCGCCAUACCUGCAGGGCCCGAUCAUCUUCCACCCGAAGAUCGAGCCCAAGAUGCUGGCUUUCCUGGAGAAGGACGAGACCUUCACGGACGCGGACCUGGUGGGCAGCGGGGGCGCCGGCAAGGUGUACAAGGCGAAGCUGGAGACCGACGGCGGCGGCAUGGAGGUGGCCGUCAAGACGGUGAUCGUCAAGGAGGACGCCAAGGGGCUGUUCGGCAAGCGCCAAAUCCAAGCCGAGCUCGAGACACUGGGCUGCAUCCGCCAUCGCAAUUUGGUCACGCUGCUGGCCUACGUGCACCGCCCCGACUGUCACCUGCUGCUGUACCAGUUCAUGAAGAAUGGCUCGCUCUACGACGUGAUGAAGCGCCUGGAGUCGGGCGACAACACCAUGCCCUGGCCCAUCCGCCACCGCAUCGCAGUCGGCACCGCGCACGGGCUCUCGUAUCUGCACUUCCACUGCGUGCCCAAAAUCGUGCACCGCGACCUCAAGCCGUCCAACAUCCUGCUCGACGAGAACUACACGGCGCAUCUGGCCGACUUCGGCCUGGCCAAGGUGCUGCCUGGCGCCGACACCCACGUGACCACCGGCGUGGCCGGCACGGUCGGCUACAUUGCGCCCGAGUACUCGCAGACGUGCCGCUUCACCGACAAGAGCGACGUGUACUCGUUCGGCGUGGUGCUGGCCAAUCUGCUCACCGGCAAGGACCCCACGGACCAGUUUUUCCACACGGUGCCCGGCGGCACCAUCGGCAGCUGGCUGCACCAGCUGCUGCAGAGCAACAGCGGCCGCGACGCAAUCGACCCCAAGCUGCGCAACGACGAGUUCGACGAAGAGAUUUUGCUGGCCAUGAAAAUCGCUGUCUUCUGCACCAGCGACAAUCCGGCCGAGCGGCCGACCAGCAAGGACGUGCUCAUCAUGCUGAACCAGAUCCGCGUUGCGGACGAGGAUCCUUCUUCUCCGAACGCCGGUCCAGCUCCCCCGCCCAUCGUGUAAACUGUCGAUCGGUCGAUCGGUCGAUCAGUUCCACUCAUGUACAGCAACGAGGACGAGCCUCCGCGCUUUUCUCUUUCAUCUAGUCGAAUAUGGAGAAGGCAGCUUCCUCUGCACUGCAAUGACGUCGACGUUGAGAUCUUAGCAGCUCGUCUUGACUAUCCCCAAGGCAGCUCGGACCAUUGCUCGCAGAGUCAGUCUAUAAUGGUGGUGGUAGUCCGUGAUUAAUUUAAGUGAAGCAAUGAAGAAGGGGGCUUUCUGAGGCAGUGAUCGUAAAUGUACAUAUAUUUCUGAGAUCGUGGUUUUGCUACGGGAUUCAUGCCGUUCACCACUUCAUGGGUCCUCUGCUAGUUCUGUGUGUAUGAAUGACACUGUAAAUGUUCUACGGCUUCCACAUGAGUUUUCCAUCUCGUUCUCGUCUCGUAUGAAUUUGAACUCCGCGCUCCAGAUCUGAGCGACUGAACUUUCUGACGAUUGGAUCUCGUGCAACUCGAGGGAGGUUGUUCCAACUAGCCUCUUGACAAUUUUUCUCACCAAUGGUUCGGUUUGUGUGUCUGGAACUCGAGCUAGGGAUUUUAAUAAACAGCGUGGAGGGUACAGGUUAUUGCACCAUGGCCGAAGGCUUAGGGGAGAGUGGAAGUCUGCGCUAGAAUGGAUAUUCAUUCUAGCCCGGAUACUGAGAACGAGGAAAGAUUGCUAAUUCUGGUCUCCAUAGUCCUCCUCCGGUGGUACUACUGGGGAAAAGGUAAUUUCUAUUCAGUGCAUAUUAUUCAAUGCCCUUCCUUCACAUAAUCACACUCUCAGGAGUGAGAUCCUGUUACAGAAUAGUGUACGGAUAAUCGAUAGUAAACCUCUCGAGGAUGCAAAGCGGAUGAGAACGAGACCAGAGGAUUUUUGUUGUGAAGUCAAUUACAAGAAAUCCACGAAGAGAAAGGUAACUGCUUCAAGCUAUCUAAGCGGGCAGGUUUGGUCUUCUGUAACUAUUUACAUUUUGUACAGUCUCUCUGACGGUGAGAAAACUUCUACAAUAAAAAGUUCUGCAGUCUUCAUCGUCAUCUUUUUCUCGCAGGCCGUUUAAUUUUAGUCCCGCAGCCAGGGCAUGGUUCUCACCCUUUGAAGGCUCUGGUUGGAAAGCGUCAGUCAGCUGAUCUUUAACUCCUCGUUUAUUCUG